AAAUUAGAUAUAUGGAAAUAAAAAUAUUGAUGGUUUUUUUUUGAAUUAAAGGCAUAGUUUGUGGUCAGUCUAAUUUAAAUAAUUAAGGUGGUGAUUAGUUAUGGUUGAUUGCAGGGUCGUUUUCUGUGUUUAUAGAAUUCUUAUGCCUGGAACUCUUUUCUGACGGGUGCUUUUCAGUUAGUUAAACUCUUCAUCGAUACAGACUUUGUUAUUCCAUUGGAAGACUAACUAUAAAGUGGUCCUCUAAAUAGGAAAAUUCAGUUAUCUGGUCAUAAUUUAUAAUUAUUUAUUGCUUUCAAUUAGAUUUAUUUGAAACCCAAAAAAAGGAAAAAGGAAAUACUAAACGAAAUAGUUUAUGGGUUGUAGAUCAGUAGAGGACAUGAGUUGCUACAAAGAGUAUCCAAUAAUUUUGGUAGGCCAUUUUGUUCUUUAGCAUUCGAAAAUAUUGGAUUGAUAUGAAAGGGAUGUGGUGUAACAAAUAGUAGAUGGUACUUGUAAACUUUACUCUUAGUCGCUGAGUCAGUAGGUAUGAAUACAUGAAUCUUGGGUUAUAAUUAAGGGAAAACAAUUAAAGGUAGUAGUGAAGGAUUAAGGAAGGAGUUGUGUUUAUGAAGGGGAGGGCAUCAGGGCAGGUUGGCUUUAUUGGAAGGAUGAGGACAAUAUAUAGGCGCCGGUUGAUGAUGAGUGUAAAUAUCGAUGCAUGCAAAUAUCGAUGAAGCUUCCAACUUUACGAGCAUCCCCACUUCCCAUCUACAGAUUCACUACUUCUCAUCAUUACUCUAAAUAAGUAAGUGUAUACAUGGUGAUUCGUUGGCGUUCUAAUUAAGAAUAUAUAUAUAUAUAUAGGGUCCUGUUAGGUUGAGAUUAUUUACCUAAAUUGAGAAAUGAGAUGCAAUAUCAGCCACUAAUCCACAAGAUUAACUAAAUGUCAACAGCUAUUACAUUAUGUCAACACGGGGGUAUAACUGUCAUUUCAGUAAUCAAAUGGUGCAAAAAAAAUUCUAUUUCAAAUCAUUUUCCAAAACUCUCUAAAACACUCGGUUUCUCUGUGCAAACACAAAUUUGCUGAACUUCCUUCAAACAUACAUUUCUACAAUGACGAUUGAAGAUGAAAUUCGAAGAAAAUCGGUUGAAGCGCCGAUUGUAGCUGAAUCGGUUGAAGCGUCGACCGUAGCUGAAUCGAUUGAAGCGCCAAUUGAAGGAAAUCGGUGUUCCACAUCAGUGGUGGUUCCGCCUUCUUCCGCGGUGGUUCCGACUUCUUCCGCGGUGGUUCCGACUUCUUCAGAAAACAGAAAAAUAUCAAAGCGCAAAAGGCGUACCUCGGUAUCACAGAAAGAGUUAAUGAAUAUUGAGAAAAAACAAAAGAAAAGCAUAGAGAAUGAAAAACAGAGUGAGAAUGCUGAAAAUGUAUCUCAAAGGCUUCUAGUGAAAAUGAAGCCUUUGUUUUUUGUUGAAGCAAUAAGCCAAUUGAAUGAGGCACAGAUUAAUUCUGUGAAGGAGAUUGGUUUUGAGAGUGUCUUGCAUUACAAAAUUGAAUACAUUCCUAGUAGAUUAGCAUUUUCUUUGUUGAAGAGCUUUGAUGAAGAAAAGUGUAAGAUAAAGCUUUAUAAUGGGAAAAAAAUUCAUAUCACGGAAGAGGAUGUGGAGCUUGUGUAUGGAUUUCCAAGAGGUAACAUUACUUACUAUAGAGAGAAGUGGAAAAGUAAUGCACCUUUCAUGAGGGAGUUAGCAGAACAAUGCGAUACAAAACCAGGAAAUGUGAACCAUAAAGCUGUUGAACAACUUAUGUUAGCAGAUAAGGAAGGAGGACCACAGUUCAAGAGAUUGUUCUUGGUCCUAUUAGAAUCUGCAUUGAUUGAGCCUUCAACAUGUGGAAUGAUAAAAUCUAAGAUUGGAGAGAUAGUUGAUGAUUUGGAUAAUGUUAGAAAUAUCAACUGGUGCUCAUAUACAAUCUCUGUGCUCAAGUUUGCUAUUGAUAAUUGGUCGAAGACAGAGAAGAACGCCUUUGCAGGACCACUUCCCUUCCUCAUGCUCUACUACUUAGACAGAGUUACACAAGACACGCGUCCUGUUCCUCGCACAUUUCCAUUAAUGAAAGGAUGGAAAAGUGAGCAUCUACAGGCUAGAGAAGAUAGAGAGACAAGUGAAGGAGUUUUUGGUUUAGGACGUAUAAAGAAGAGAUAUGUCCGUACUCUGGAGCCGCACGAGGAAGAGAAGCAGGAGGUUGAGGUGGAUGAGCAGAUGCCUCAACAACAGAUUCCUGAUGACUGUGCAGUUGGGUCUUCCCAGAACCUACUCCCAAAAGAUUUCAUACAGGAGGAGCAGCAGCAAGGGAAUGAAGAAAAAAGUGUUAAUGUAAAUGAAAGUGGAGUUGGAUCUUCUUCUCAGAACAUACUCCCAUCACAUAUGGUGGCCAAUUUAGUAAAAUACAUCAAGCAGAUAAGUGAUGGCAGGACCAACCUUGUGAGAGUCCUCAAAGAAGCUUCAUCACAGAGCAAGAAUAAUGAUUUAUUCGGAUUUAUUUAUGAUAUUGCUAGAAGUGCAAUUGGAAGCCAAAAAUCUCCAGUUGCCUCUGUGAGUGACACUUUUCUCCAUUUGUCGCAGUCAUAUAAUAUAAACAACGAUGUCGCUGUUGAUAACUGGAAAGCUAUGUUUGAUUCAAUACGGAAUGCUGAAAAAGCAAACGAAACAAUUGAAGACUUGAAUGAAUUUCCAACUUUCAGAUUGGAAGAUUUCUUUGAUAAAGCUGUAGAACAAAGAAACAAAGAUAACUUACCUACCUCAACAGUUGGUGAUCCUGAAGAGGUCAGACCGUCUGUUGAAGAAGACGAACAAAGAAAGGAGAACAUGAUUUGUGAUGACCAUAACGAAUCAAACUCUCCUAUCUUGACAGCCAUACUAGGAUCUCCACGGACAGCAUCCCCAUCUCUCCCACAACAAGAAGUCAAUGCUUCAGAGCAUGACAACACACUCGCAUCACUAAUAGGAUCUGAGAACAGGGGAAGUGAGUUGACCUCACCAGUUGGUGAUCCUGAAGAGGCCAGACCAUCUGUUGAAGAAGACAAACAAAGAAAGGAGAACAUGAUUUGUGAUGACCAUAACGAAUCAAACUCUCCUAUCUUGACAGCCAUACUAGGAUCUCCACGGACAUCAUCCCCAUCUCUCCAACAACAAGAAGUCAAUGCUUCAGAGCAUGACAACACACUGGCAUCACUAAUAGGAUCUGAGAACAGGGGAAGUGAGUUGGAAAUUCAAGAAGAUGUUGAAGCUGAUAGAGAGUUAAGAACACAAGAUGCCUUGCACAUAUUAUCAAAAGUAUGUGAUGACUAUGAAAUCAGAAACAAUGAAGAAGCAAUCAAGGCCACAAACACCAUUGUUGAUAUCAUAAAUGAACAGGAAGAUAGGGAGGAUGCAGCUGCAUGCUCAAUUGUUGAAUAUAUGAUGCAAGAGGGUCUUGAAACAAUGGAUGACACACCUCCUGAAUGGAACGUGCAAAAACAAGGAUAUAAAUGGAUAGAGAAGAUGCAUGAGGAAAAAGAAAAAACUCCUGAAAACACAGAGAGAAGAAUGACUGUCUACCAGAACCCUGUUCCUAUCUCUGAGAUUCCACUGGCUGAAGCUAGAGAGAGACGGACUCAUGCUGAAAUGCGCCCCAGCCCAGUGCUACGAUCACCAUUUGAAAUAUGAGCUGUGCAUAUGAAACCAACCCUGAACCUGGAUGAAAGAGAUAUCUACUACUACAUAGUAGAAACUGAAGGAACAAAUGAUGAUACAUGUGCUUACACUAAUGGCUUUGUUUGGGCAUGCAAAGGAGUGUUUUCAUCUCUGAAACCCCAUACAGAAAUCAGUAUAGGUGUAAUUGAUGUAUGGGCAACAUACCUGAACUUCAGAGAAAAUGAAAGGGCAGAAACGUCACCUCCACGGCUGUUUCUAACAACAUCCCCAUGUUAUUUGAAUAUAACAAAUCGGGAGCCUCAUUGGAAUCCAUUACAAUCCAAGAACAACUUUAUAUCACGAAUUGAUCAAGAGACUAGUAGAAUACAAGAUUUUGAUUGGAGAAAAAUUGAUUUGGUCUUCUUCCCAGUUUUUACAAGUGGCUAUUACUACCUUGUUGUAUUUUGGAUGAAGAUCAACAAAAUUGAGAUAAUAGAUAGUGUCAAACCACCAAAAGGCAAGGAUCCAUUGGAAAACUAUAGCAUUGAAGUUGGAAUACUGAAAGAUAUGUUUGAGGCAUACUUCAAAGAGAAGAACAUAUCUGGGCUAUCAGAAAAUAUAAAGAAGUCUCCAUACAAAGUUGUUCCUUUAGAUUGGGCCACAAGCACCAAUAAAGAAGACAGUGGUAUAUAUUUGAUGAGACACAUGGAAACUUACUUUGGCAGAAAGGGAAGGGAAUGGAAUAUUGGCUUUUCUCCACGUGGCACAAAGAUUUUACAGAUACUCAGAGGAAGAUAUUGUGAAGCGAUGCUUACAUCAAGGAGCAACAAGAAGUGUAUGGAUAUGGUACGUGUCGCUGACGACUGGAUGACAGCAAACAAGCACAGAUUGCCUGAGUUACAGAAAAAGUUCAAGGAAUGGUUUAGCUGUAGAAGCAAGAAGUAAACAACUGUUUUAUUCUGAUUUUGAACAAAAAGUGGUUUGGAUAUUUGAUCUUAUUAUGUUUUUUAGAUGGAUAUGUUAAACAAUUAUCUCAAACUGAUUUUUAAA